UAGAGCUCCGAGCUGGACUUUAGUUGGGUGAUCUAUUGCUUCAGCCUGAUGACGUAUUUUGGCGGCGUCCGUGGGUUCAUCUGCCCGGGCAGUAAAUGCAAGAUGGCGCCAGUGAGCCCGGCGGCGAGGUGGCAAACUAGAGGUCUGGGGACGCGAGGUGAAGAGGUUUCUUUGGUCGGCUUGAAGAAUAAGAAUGGGAAACGGAGGACCUGGCGGCCUAACCAUGCACAGGCCUUCGCGGGAAGCGUUCGCGAGGGACAAGGCUUUGCCUUUCGGAGAAAAUUGAAGAUUCAGCAAAAUUACAAGAAAUUGCUCUGGAAGGAAAACAAGACUAGAACAUCACGGGAAUCCCAAUUCUCAGAUCAGUACCCAGAUCACUUGAAACAUCUCUAUUUAGCUGAAGAGGAAAGACUCAAGAAGCAACUAAAAAAAGCCGACCAGCCUUUGUCAGAAGAAAAAGUUAAUCAGCCUUUUCUUGAAGAACAGUGUACAGUUGAUGGAGUUUUGUGUGAAGACCAGGAUCAUCUGCCUCAGCCGGAGAAAUGGUGUAGCAACGCAGUGAGUCCUAACACUGUUCCCAAGAAAAAGAAAAAGAAAACAUCCAGUCAAAAAGCACAAGAAGAAUAUGAGCAGGUACAAGCUAAGCGUGCUGCUAAGAAACAAGAAUUCGAGAGGAGAAAACAAGAGAGAGAAGAAGCUCAAAAACUCUACAAAAAGAAAAAAAUGGAAAUGUUCAAAAUAUUGAGCAAA